GGGACUAGGGGAAUUCGUCUGCGAGAAUGGCGUCCGAGGUCGCUGAAGAUUUUCCUUUGGAAGGCUUGUUACCUAAAAAAGAGACUGGUGCCUAUUCAUUUCUUUCUAAGUACCCAAACUAUGACGGGAGAGGUGUUCUUAUAGCUAUUUUAGACACAGGUGUAGAUCCAGGAGCACCUGGAUUACAGACAACACCAGAUGGAAGCCCCAAAAUUGUUGACUUAAUUGACACAACAGGAUCCGGGGAUGUUGACACUUCUAAAAUUGAAGAGGUGAAAGAUGGAGAAAUUACGGGUGUUACUGGUCGUAAACUUAAGAUUCCAGACACUUGGACAAAUCCCUCUGGUUUAUACCAUGUAGGAGUAAAGCCGGCCUAUGAUCUGUUUCCAAAGAAGCUCCAGGAUAGGCUAAAUAAAGAAAGGAAGGAGAAGAACUGGGACCCAGCCCAUAGAGAGGCUAUAGCUGAGGCCACAAGGAAGCUAGAGCAGUAUGAGGCAUCCAGUUCUAACCAGGAUGAUAAGCUGGAAAAAGAAAAUCUCCAGAGUUGUGUUGACAUCCUGAACAGUUUGGAGAAGAAGUACAGUGACUGUGGACCUAUUUAUGACUGUGUCGUCUUCCAUGAUGGGUCUACUUGGAGGGCUUGUGUGGACACAACAGAAAGAGGAGCUUUGUGUGAAUGUAAACUGCUGGCCAGCUACCAUGAAGAGCAAGAAUUUGGCACCUUCAGCCGCUUAGACAUGAUGAACUACACUGUCAAUAUUUAUAAUGAUGGGAACACCCUGGAAAUUGUCACAAAUGCAGGGGCCCAUGCUUCCCAUGUGGCAGGGAUCACUGCUGGAUAUUUUCCUGACCAACCAGAGAGAAAUGGAGUGGCCCCGGGGGCACAGAUUAUAUCCAUUAAGAUAGGGGACACAAGGCUGGGAUCUAUGGAGACAGGCACCUCGCUAGUCAGGGCUAUGAUCAAAGUGAUAGAGUAUAAGUGUGAUCUAGUCAACUAUAGUUAUGGAGAGGCAGCCAGCUGGCCAAAUUCAGGGCGUGUGGUAGAUAUACUGUCUGAGGCUGUAAAUAAACAUGGGGUGAUUUUUGUCAGCAGUGCUGGGAACAAUGGUCCCGCUCUGUCUACUGUUGGGUGCCCUGGAGGCACUACUAGUGCAAUGAUAGGGGUAGGGGCCAUGGUGUCCCCAGCAAUGAUGGCAGCUCAGUACUCCCUCAUGGAGAAACUGCCAUGUAACCAGUACACAUGGUCAUCUAGAGGACCAACACAUGAUGGAGAUCUUGGAGUGACAAUCAGUGCCCCAGGGGGUGCCAUUGCCUGUGUCCCAAACUGGACUCUGAGGGGCAAUCAGCUGAUGAAUGGAACUAGCAUGAGUUCUCCAAAUGCUUGUGGCUGUAUAGGUUGCUUUAUUUCCUUUCAUACAAAGCUUGUUGUACUUUCUGGAUUGAAAGCCAAUGGCAUAGAAUACUCACCUUUUAGUGUGAAGAGGGCUUUGAUAAAUACAGCCACUGCUGUGCCAAACAUUGAGGUCCAGGCACUGGGGCACGGUCUUAUACAGCUACAGGGGGCUUUGCCCCUUAGGCCACCACCAAGGCUUCGCCCUGGACCCAUUGGAGGCCUUAAGGCCACCAAACCUCCAGUCUGA